AUGUGUUUUUAUGUCGAUGAUCUUAUGUUUACUGGGAAUGAUAGUAUCAUGUUUGCCGAUUUCAAGAAGUCUAUGAUGGAUGAGUUUGAAAUGUCCGAUCUUGGUAAAAUGCAUUACUUUCUUGGAUUAGAAGUAGUACAAUCUGAUAAUGGAAUAUUUGUUUCCCAAAAGAAGUAUGUGCGAGAAAUUUUGGACAGGUUCAAGAUGCAUAAUUGCAAUCCCGCCAACACUCCAGUUGAGUUUGGCUUGAAGCUAUGCAAAGUUGGAAGCGGAAAGAAGGUGGACAGCACAUUCUACAAGCAAAUUGUAGGUAGUUUGAUGUAUCUUACUGCUACAAGGCCCGACAUCAUGUAUGUUGUAAGUCUCAUAAGCAGAUACAUGGAAAGCCCAACUGAAAUUCACCUGCUAGCUGCUAAGAGAAUCCUUCGCUACUUACAGGGAACUAAGGAUUUUGUUUUGUUCUACAAGAAGGGUGAAAAAUCUGAUUUGAUUGGUUUUACUGACAGUGAUUAUGCAGGAGAUCAAGACGACAGAAGGAGCACUUCAGGUUAUGUUUUUAUGUUAGGUACGGGGGCUGUUUCGCGGUCUUCUAAGAAGCAAUCAAUUGUCACUUUGUCAAGUACCGAAGCUGAAUUUGUUGCUGCUACAACUUGUGCUUGUCAAGCUGUUUGGUUAAGGAGAAUUCUUGAAGAAUUGAAAUUCAAACAAGAAAAAGCAACUACAAUUUUCUGUGACAACAACUCUGCCAUCAAGUUGUCAAAGAAUCUGGUGCUACAUGGAAGAAGCAAACACAUUGACGUGAAGUACUAUUUCUUACGAGAUCUCAACAAUGAAGGAACAAUAGAGCUAACAUAUUGCCGGAGUGAAGACCAGUUGGCGGAUAUUUUCACUAAACCUCUCAAGUUACUUUCUUUCCAAAAUUUGAGAAGAUUGCUGGGACUUUGCACCAUGGAAGAACUCAAGAAAUUGAAGAUAAACUGA